AGCGCCUUCCCGGGCCGCGAUCUGUGCUGCUCUCGCGAGAGCUCCCCCUUUUCCUGGCCGGCGCGGAGCGAGAAAGGCCAUGUUCAGCUCUAGCGCCAAGAUUGUGAAGCCUAAUGGCGAAAAGCCAGAUGAGUUCGAGUCUGGUAUAUCCCAGGCUCUGCUGGAGUUGGAAAUGAACUCCGACUUGAAGGCUCAGCUGCGGGAGUUGAACAUCACAGCAGCUAAGGAAAUUGAAGUAGGUGGUGGCAGAAAAGCCAUCAUUAUCUUUGUACCAGUUCCUCAGCUGAAGUCCUUCCAGAAGAUUCAGGUGCGGCUAGUUCGGGAGCUGGAGAAGAAAUUUAGUGGAAAACAUGUGGUGUUCAUUGCUCAGAGAAGGAUUCUGCCCAAGCCAACAAGAAAAAGCCGCACAAAAAACAAGCAAAAGCGUCCGAGAAGCCGUACGCUUACCGCAGUGCACGAUGCUAUUCUUGAGGACCUGGUCUUCCCCAGUGAAAUCGUGGGCAAGAGAAUCCGUGUAAAACUGGAUGGCAGCAGGCUUAUAAAAGUCCAUCUGGACAAAGCACAACAGAACAACGUUGAACACAAGGUGGAAACAUUUUCUGGUGUGUACAAGAAGCUCACAGGCAAAGAUGUGGUGUUUGAAUUUCCAGAAUUCCAGCUGUAAAAUGCAAAAAAAUGGCUGAAUAAACAACUAUUCAUAUAA